AACACCCAACCUCACAUUUAUCAAACACAGAGGAAAUAUUGUUACCCACCCAACAAGACUAAAUAUAUCAUCACACAAUGAAAUCGAUAGUGGGAUCUCAUUUAGAAACUCCAAAAACAUUGAGAGUAUUAUUUUUAGGGAAUGGAGAAUCAGGAAAAACUUCAAUUAUUGAAAAAUUGGUAUAUGACCAAUUUGAUACAAAUUAUACACCAACAAUCGGAAGUGACUGUUUAAAUUCUCAAGCUAUAGAUUAUAAGGAUGAAUCCUACAAGCUGCAGCUGUGGGAUAAUGCAGGAUUGGAGAAGUAUGCCUCUUUAUCAGUUGCUUUUUAUCGUGAUAUUGAUGUAGUUUGCCUGGUAUUUUCAGUAACGGAUUUACAAAGUGCAAACUCCCUGAAUAAGUGGAGAGAAGAAUUUUUAAUUCAAGCCGGUUUAUCAAUUUCCACAACAAGCUUUCCAUUUGUGAUAGUUGCCAACAAGACUGAUGAAAUUACUGAUUUUAAUAGGAGGCAUUGCGAAAAGAUCAUUAAUACAGCAAAAUCAUGGGCAAACCAAUUCAAUUAUCCAUAUAUUGAAUUGAGUGCUAAGAAUGACUCAUCAUCAUCACUAGAAACUUCUCUUGUUGGAUUGGUUAUUGAUAGAUUUACCUCUCAAUCACCUGAUGGAGAAGAUCAUGAUAAUGCAGAGACUCUUCUUCCAGAAAAGAAGAAGAACAGGAGAUUUGGAAUUUGUGACACAUGUUCCGUAAUGUAAAUAAUAUUUCACAACAACACUUACACAACAAACACUCUAGGAAAUCACCUCUAGGAUACAAUUACAAGUUAUAGCUAAAAUUAUCAAUGUAUAUAAAUAAUCCGAUUAUCUCUCU